AGGAGGAAAGAGGAUUGCGUUUGUGUAUGUGUGCUCACGUGUGUGUGUUUGUGUUUAAUGUUUGUGUGACUGACAGAGAGAGAAAGAGAGAGCUGCAGAGUUCUGAAUUUGUGCAUGCGUGUUUAGUGACCCUUCAAUGAACUGACCCUUGAUAAUGUGUACAUUGUUGUGUACAUCAGAGCAGGUGGAUUCGCUGACCCAUUUGCACAGGUGUAUGCUGUCUGCCUGUUAUUCUCUUGAACAGGAGAAAAAUGUGCGCUGAGGAGGUAGAGAUCAACUAAUCAAAAAGAUGUUGAAGUUCCAGAAAAGCUUGGCCUGUUUCCUCCUCCUCUGUUGCAUCUGCUUGACCGAGUGUCGAGUGCUGAAGUUUGUCGUGGCUGUGUUCCGACACGGUGAUCGAUCGCCAAUCGAGUCAUAUCCCAGAGAUCCUCAUGGGGAGGAAGUAUGGGCUCAAGGUUUUGGACAGCUGACUGAGCUGGGCAUGAAACAACAGUUUGAGCUGGGCCGCUUCCUGAGGAGGCGAUAUGGAAACUUCCUCAGCGACGAUUACAACAACAAAGAGUUGUACAUCCGGAGCACUGACUACGACCGAACUCUGAUGAGCGCCCAAGCCUGUCUUGCUGGGAUGUUCCCCCCAACCAGGCGACUGCCCCCCAUCAUGCCCCAGUUACUGUGGCGGCCUAUUCCAGUGCAUACCAUCCCCAGAGCCCAGGACAAGCUGCUGAGGUCUCCAGGCAAAGACUGUCCAAGGUUCAGAGCUCUGAUGACGGAGACCUUUGAGAGCCAGUCGUACCAGAGGUUCCUCAGGGCUCACCAGCACUUUGUGGAGGGACUCUCAAAUCACACCGGCUACCCAAUCUCCAAACUGGUUGGCAAAAAAAUAUGGAGGGUCUACGACACACUUACCUGUCAGAGGAUCCAUAACCUGACUCUCCCACGCUGGGUCACCCAAGACGUUCUGGACACCCUGAAGAGAGUGGCAUCGUUUGAGGUCAUGUACAGCAUCCUCAGUCACAAGCGGAAAGAGAAGGCCCGGCUUUCAGGAGGAGUGCUACUGAACGCCAUUCUGAGGAAUUUCUCCAGAGCUGUGGAGCAAGGGAGCCCUCUGAAAUUCAUUAUGUACUCAGCUCACGACUCUACACUCAUCACCCUCCAGGCGGCUCUGGACGUGUACAACGGCCUCCUUCCUCCGUACGCCGCCUGUCAGCUCUUUGAGUUCUACCAGGAGUAUGAUGGCUCGUAUUCUCUGGAGCUGCAUUACCGCAAUGACUCCCGGCACGACCCUCACCCCAACCCUAUCCCAGGAUGCAACGGGUUAAACCCAUGCCCUUUGUCCCUCUUUAAUGAGCUGGUGCGGGAUGUGUUGACUGAGGAUUGGGAGGCUGAGUGCGGGUUUCGAAGGAGAUGGUCUGCCACAGGUGUUGUGACAGCUCUGGCAGUGGCUGUGGGUCUCCUGGCAGUGGCGCUGUUGUUCAGCAUAGGAGUGGCAAUACGCAGGAGGAGAGCACAUUACUCCAGGGAGGUGUAAUGCUGACCGCUGUCACGUGUGUCAAAAUACAGAAAGUGAUUUCUCAGCUGUAGAAACAGUUCUAAUAAUAAUAAAGUGCCUUGUAUUUUUAUA